GAUCCAAGCCAAGCUCACGGAUCUUUAUUAUAAUCUCACAGUGUAUUAAAUCUGGUGAAAUGUUAUGUUUCCACUGGGGCACUGCUGCCAUUGGCCCGGACGCGCACCACGUGGUCGGGCAGUCACGCGCUUUCCUGGAACCCGUCAGGAAGAAGAAAAACAAAACAAACCCGAUAGAGCUGCAGCAGCGUGUGGACUCCAUUGAAAAGUGGGCCUUAUUAUCUCCGGCACGGGAGACUACACGAGGUCCAACGCGGAGAGGGACGCCUGUGGGGGCGUCAUCGAGACCUAAAGCAAACAGAGAACCACAGCAGACCAGACCAGACCAGGUCGAGUCAAGUAACUGACGUCUUCUCCCCUAUUCCCUUCCCCCAAGCCGCGCAGGCUGCAUCUACCAGCAAUCUGCGAUUAUCGCCCCUCAGCGGUGAUUUAUUGUGCCGAUCCGACAACUUCACACCACUGGGACUGGACAGGAGGCCCAGAGGUUACCCCCGCUGGAGCUCUAAGCUGUGUCUGGCAAUGCCGCAGUAACCACGCACAGGCCGAUGGUAUCAUAGAUUUGAAAUAGAGUUCUGUGGUGUUGAAGGAGGCGAGAGACUGGCCCAGAAUCAGUGUGACCUCUGAGGACAUUGCAUCCAAACAGCUGCUGGGGGCAGAUGUGCUAACAGGGAACGACCCAGCAUCAUUGGGAUGGAGCCUCCCUUUGCAGACGCAUUUCAAAACUACUCGUUUGCUGAUCAGGUUCUGACCAGCACUGAUCUGCUCUCUACCAGCUCUGACCCAGAUUUCAUGUAUGAAAUGGACCGAGAUAUGACCCACAGGCAGAGCCCCUGUGGGGACAGCAUGGUGGGUAUCGGCGAUGGUGGAAAGGAGGUGGAGGGCUGCGUUGAUCAGCUCAUGGGUUUGGCCGAGUGUGACACGGUCAACAGCACCCCGGCGUUCGAACAGUGGGACUCCUACUGGGAGGACCUCACCAGAUACACACGGCUGGCCAGCUGUGACAUCUGGGGGACCAAAGAGGUGGAUUUCCUUGGAUUGGAUGACUUCUCCAGUCCCUACCAGGAUGAGGAUGUGAUCAGUCAAACCCCGACACUGGCUCAGCUCAACAGCGAAGAUUCCCUGCCCGUGUGUGAGGCCCUCUACCCCCCUGCAGAUAUGACCCUGCCUUCCCCUCUGCCUCCGCUUCAACCAUCCCAGUUUCCAGGUCACAGUAAGAGACCGCUGUUCCCUGGCAAAGGAUAUGGCCCAGGAACUGCACGGCCCUCCCCAAGUUCUUCAUCCCGUCCUUCCCACAAUCUUCUACCAGACUUCCCUGAAAGUUCCAAAAAAGCCACCCGACCUAUCCCCUCCAGCACUGAGACUAUGGCUAAGGCCCAGAGCCAGCUCAGUCUAACCAAGAACCACGGCCAAGCUGAAAGAGAGAUCCAGGGCAGAGGAGCCAAGAUGGCAGCCCACACUUCCCAUGGCUCUGUCUUUGUGCGGAAGGCUAAAGUCCGUGUUAGCGCAGUGGAUAAAGCUCAGCCCAACCUGCCCUCCAAGACUGAUAUUGAGAUGUCAGAUGUGCCUCCACCUCUCUCCCACCCUGAAGAAGAAAAAGCUUCCACUUCAGCUAGUGCCGCCUCAGUGGGAUGUCCUGAUGCAGCAGCCGGUAGCUCCAGCAGCCUGACGAGUGCAGAGGGGACCGGGAGAAGAGAGAUGCCUGUAGGUUGGUCUGCCACUGUGCCUCAACUCGUGGAGAUGAGUCAGGCCAUGGAGGGCACCGCCUCUGGGCUGGAGAGCAUCGCCGACAGUGUGGCAGGUGCUAGCGGUAGCGUUCUGGUUGCCGAGAAGACGGAGAAGAGCAAGGAGGAGGAGCACAACUACUCCCUGUUCUUGACCCGCAGCAGGCUGGCUGGCAGAGCCCCCUCCCAGCUGGAGGAGGACGAGGAAGACGAGGAUGAGGAGGAAGCGGAUGAGGAGGAGGAGGAGGGCGACGGACUGGAGCUAGAUGACGAAGACCAUGAUGAGGGUUUUGGCAGCGAGCAUGGGCUUUCUGAGAAUGACGAGGAGGAGGAAGAAGAGGAAGAGGAGGAGGAGGAGGAGGAUGAAGAUUAUGAAGCAGACAAGGAUGAUGAUAUGAGUGACACCUUCUCUGAGCCAGGCUGUGACAUGGAGCUGUCUGAUGACAUUAAGAGCCUGACAGCAGGAGUCUCCAGCCGGAAGAGAAGCAGGCGCCGCUACUUCUGGGAGUACAGCGAACAGCUCACCCCCUCGAAACAGGAACGCAUGCUGAAGCCGUCUGAGUGGGACAGACACACGCUGCCUAGCAACCUGUACCAGAAGAACGGGCCUCUCCAUGGAAAGUACAUGCUGAAGAAGUCACGUCGCACGGAUGUGGAAGACCUGACUCCCAAUCCACGUAAGUUGCUGCAGAUCGGCACCGAGCUCCGCAAACUGAACAAGGUGAUCAGCGACCUGACACCGGUGAGCGAGCUGCCGCUGACUGCACGACCCCGCUCCCGCAAGGAGAAGAACAAGCUGGCGUCCAGAGCUUGUCGUCUUAAAAAGAAAGCCCAGUAUGAAGCAAACAAGGUGAAGCUCUGGGGACUCAGCACAGAAUACGAUCGGUUGCUCUUCGUGAUCAAUACCAUCAAGGAGGAGAUAGUGGUGCGAGUGGAGGACUCUACUCCGCGUACAACCAACAUGACUGACACCCUGGAGCGGCUCAUCAAGGAGACACUUGUGGCAUCCCCAGUUGCCGGGCAGACUUCAGAAUUUGUCAACAAGAUCUUGGAGAACACCGGACGCGGCGAUCCGACCGGCGGACUGGUCGGCCUGCGAGUUCCCACCUCCAAAAUCUAGACAAACCCGCCGUCCACUGAGCGGAGUGGGCUAAAUAUUACCACCGUGCUGUCCCAUUGUAACUAUGCUCCCCUCUGCAUGCCCCUCCAACCCUGCGCACAUACACAUUGUUAGUCACACAAACACACAUACACCUCCCUUUGUGUGUAUGUAUGUGUGCUUGUUUAAAGCCAUCCACCUGUAUGGCCUACACCGUAGCUUUCUGUCUCUGCAAACUGCAUGCAGAGUCACUGUCUCCCAACCCAUUGUGAGCAUCUGUUGGGAAACGCGCCUCUAAAAGCAAAGGAUGGUUUGGUGUAUAGCUAACAGCACGUCUUAAAUCCACUGGUGAUUAUUAGAUGUGUUUAACAUAACAUUGUGUUGGGGUGGUUCUGUUGGAGGUCCGCUUCCAAGGCUGAGACAGACAGUCACCAGAGUGCACCUACUGGACUACUUUCACACAGUCUGUUUGAGAUUGUUAUGACGGAGGAAGAACCGUUGAACAUUGGACCCCAUCAAAGAUCGAAAAGGUCCCAGGUAUCUUUUCCCAGAAGUGCUUCGCUUCACAUGGCAACAAAAUUGAACUGCGUGAUGUGAACUCAACCCACUGAGUUAAAGCACUUUGAUGAAAAUGGCUCUGAAUGCCAAGACAGCUGCAGAAAAAGUAAAGCAGCACGCUCGUUACAGGGUGGCAAGUUAUAUUUUGUAUUGAAGGCCUAAAUAUGUUCAUGCCAUCCCCUGUUUGCCAAUCAGCUCAUUGAAAUUGAUAUUCCAAAAAAAAGUUGAAUCUUAGGAAUUAAGUGACAUCCUGCUGGGGUGGAGUUUGUUGCAGGCAGGAGGAGGCUUAAUGGCUCAUUAUCUGGACAGGAGGUUUUUUGACCAUGUGGAGAGGAAGCGCAUGUAGUUUGGUGCUUUUUGGACUUGUGCUAGUUUUAACUGGACUGAGUGAAACGAAAGCGUUUUGCCAGUAUGGGAGUGGACUGUGAGGAAGAUCCUGGUGGUGAUGAAGAAGACAUUAGCAGUGAUCCAUCUCCUCGAAGAGUCAUACACACGUGUACAUAGACGUGUCUCCCAGUGAAAAACGGCACCGGCUCCACUUUUUGUACAGUAGAGUUGACCAGGCUAACAGUUUGGUGUGUUCAUACUAGUGUUUGAUCAAAGUUCUAUUCAUUGUGCCUUGUUUAUGUAUGUAUGUGUGUGUAUGUUUCUGUACGUCUGAGUGCGUAUGUGAGAGAGACUGAACGAGAAGAGGCGAUUGCUCAGAGCUCCCCGAGGUCCAGUCAAGGAGAGGACUACUUUACCCUGAGGGAGGAUGUCAGUGAAUGUUAGGAGGGGUACACCUGCGGGGUUAAGCUGUAUUUCAGUUGUUUAAAGAUGUUCUGAAUGUAUAUAAAACAAAUGGAAGCUCUCGUUGCAGGAUGCCACAGAGUCUGUGUAUAUAAGGAGGGCUCUGCAAUAGAUUACUUAUGGUUUUUGGUACUUUAUCUUUUUUGGGGGGAGGGUCAGGGGCAGGGUUAACGGAUAUUUUUCGUUAAGAGUUACAAAAAAAUAUUUGCACACUAUAUUUUGAUUGUUUUUUGUACCAAAGACACAUGCAACGAAACGGCGACCAGCCUGUUAAAGUAAGGUUUUGCACAGCUUACCUGACGCCGUAUUGAAUGUAAGAAAUGUGGGAGGGUCAGGGAACUUCAUAGAACUGUGAAAUUAGCUUGGGUCCAAUUCUGUACAGAAAAGGAACAUUCAUUUUUUUUUUCUAACAUUUUUACCCCAUUUGUGGGCUUCUCCAGAAAAUUUGUUGCCUAAGCACUUCAUUCCUGAACUGAUUCCUCUCUCCACAUGCUAAUUGUGUUAACGGCUCUACCUAGGACAAGAACCAAGAGCACUAGUAGAUAAGCUAUGUUACAUUUUAUGAUUGUUUGUUAAUGUCACCAACAAUAACCAAAAUGUUCUGUUUCUUUGUUACUUGUUGAAGAAACUGUUUGUAGACGAGGUCUAGUUCAUCAACAAAAUAAUAACUGAAUUGUGUUUUGAAGUACUGUAUUUAAAAAAACAUAAAUGAUAUACCUUUCAAAGGUGAGAUGCCACUUUUCAUGACAUCUGAUUUAAUUUCUAAGCAUGACACAUUUCUAUAAACCAUUCUUUCAUUAGAAACUUAGAGGAAAAACUGAAAAACCAAAAAAAAAAGGUUCUUGUUAUAUUUUUGUAAUUUUAGCUGCCUGCUAGCUUUCCUGACAGGGGGGAACUAUUUGUUUUAUCAGAUUCUCCAAGUGGAGAGAGGGAGAUGUGGAAUACAGAGGAUUGGAUCAAUUUAAAACACAACGCGCCAAGCAAUGGUCUAGAUUAAAGUCUGGUCUAUUAAGAGAAUGAGGACAGGCUGUCUUUAGAACAGACAGGGACACGUCCAAGAGGACUCAGAGGACAGCAGUGUGGCGAUGGGAGGGCAGUAUUGUCAUAGAUGUUAUAACAUAGACUGUAUAUAAAGAUGGACGAUGUCUACAUCUCCUCCUGUUGUACAAAAAUGAAGCCAAAAUACCCCCGGGUAUGGUUGCUGGCGUCUUUUGACAUCCUGUACAAAGGUUCUGUUGAUACAAAAGCUCAACCAACCGCAAGUGAGUCUCAGCUGUGAACCAAUGAUAUCUCACUGCUUGUAACAUAAAAUAACUAAUUAAAACCAAACUAACUUGUAAACUACCUAAAUGACAGAAAGCAUCUGAGAGAAACAUUUAUUUCCCAUGCCCUUUUUAGUUAGGUAUGUGUCCCAUCCACUAACAUGAUGGAGGCAUGGUUAAUAUCCUGUUCUGCAGCCAGCCACCAGGGGGCGAUCAAGACGCUUUUGGCUUUACUUUUGGGGAGCCGUCCAUCUUUAUUUACUUUCUCUCUGUUGUAAAUACGACAAAGCCAUUUCUGCCCCAGACUUAUCUGGAUUCAACACUGUGCGUUGUUUUUUAGAUUUUCACACGUAUUCCCUCUUUAACCGUGAAGCUGGUUGAAUUCUGCAUCUUCCUGGUCGUGACAUUACUUCCUCUGAGGUUGAACCGCUCAGUUUUUAUAUCUGCCUGGCCUCGCCUUCAGUCCCCAGCAUUCAUUCGCUCAUCAAAACUCAAGUCCCAAAAGUUUCAGGCGACAAAAAGGCAGUGUGUCCCGACCUUUAACAACGCAUGUAAUGCUUCCCUGCCCGUUGCCUGCUCAGAGGAAACUCUCGCCAUUCCCAGGAAGUGCCCUAUUCAACCAGAGUUCAAUAUGUUUGAAAAUAAGUGCUUGAUAAAUUCAGGUUAGUGCGAAGUGAAGAGAGUUCUCCUUCACAUAAUGACGAUGGCAAUGCAGAGCUGUGGUCUUUCUGUACCAUUUGAGUGAAUAACAGGUAGUGCUACACACACAUAUAUAUCUAUAUAACUAUAUCUAUAUAUAUUUUUACUGUUAUCCAUUUUGUCUAAAAAGGGAGAAAUGGUGCUUUUUCAGAAACUAGAGAGACGAGUAUCCAUGAUUCUUAUUUGACUUCUUAGUCUAGUUGUAGCCUAAUGACUUGCUCUCCCCUGCCGUCCAUAGCUAUUUUCUUAGUCGUGAUUCUUUUUUGUAAAUAGACUAUAAGUUAAUAUGUAUCUUAUAAAUGUUAGAUAUAUGUAUAGAAUACUAUAUCUUAUAUGUUUGAAAACAAAAGCACUUUGUCCAAAAAAAAGAAAAAAAAAAGAAAAGCAUUUUUUUCUUCCAUUUGCUGCUAAAAGGCCUGGUGUGAAUGCUGAAAGUGUACUUGAUGACCACUUGCUAGGAUAGGUCUAUUACCUGAAUUGGCUAGGUCUAUGUACUAGCAAGAGAAUGGAGUGCGGGUGUGGCCUGACGAGGGUUAGAUCCAAAUGUUUCUGGAGCUGUGUAAUGAUAUAAGAUAUCUUUGCUUGGCUUUGCGAAGCUGGAUGUGCUGAUAGGAUCGAUCUACUUCCUGGUCAGGAGGGACUGUGAGGAUUGUGUAUUUGUGGUCUUAAAAAAAAGAGGGUUUUGAUUCCAGGGCCCCUACGUUGAUCCUGACGCUGACCCCCUUAGCGUCAUGAUUCAUUUUGCCUUCAGUAGAGGUUUCCUAUGGAAAAACUGAUUCUGCUUUGGCUUCCUCUUCAGGGUGAUGUACAGUGUAGACACAUUUCUCCAGAGAGCUAUAUUGUUAUCAUUUGUAAACUGAUUUCUACUUGUGACUUAAUGAGGAGGGGUUGAGCCUGGGGCGGCCAGGAAGAGCUCGUUUGAAAGUUGUUGUUCCUGGCCGUCUCUGGGGAAGUUACUAUAUCACUGUACUGUAUGGCAAGCCAAUUACAAAUGAAGACUCAAUCCGGACACUUAUUGCCUUCUUAAACAACUUCAGAAACACACAAAUAAAAACAAUAGCUGGCAUGUCAGUUACGUAGAGAUGUGCCUGACGUUUCCGACAUGUUCUGCUAAUGUGCGGUCAACAACAACAACAACAACAACAACAACAAAAUCAUUCAGCCUGAUUGGCUCACAACGAUCUUGAUUGAAGUAGCAGACAUGGUGAAAUAUGCCUGAAAAAACUACUCGGGCUGUCUUGCGUCCUGUUUUGGACAAUGUUCCGAGGCAUUUUCUCAGCCAUGAUUUUGCCCAAGCGAAGAAGGGGGUCAAAAGUGAUUAAAGGGCCGCUGGCUGACACCGGCUGGCAAGAGCGCUGUGCGCGUUUUGUUGGCGAUCACAAGUCUGGUUCAAGCAAGAGCCCUCACAGGUUUUCACAUUUAACGUGAAAGGUGCAAGCUGUGCAACUUUACAUUCAAACCAGGAGACUCUGUGGCAUUUUAAGAGUCAAGGAAAUGAGUGAAUAAAAAAAAUCCACGCCAGUAAAAUGAUUCCUUCUUCUUUUGAUUUUUCUGAUGAAUCUGAUUCAGUCAAAUAUUAAGCUAAUUGAGUGUGUAACUUUGUGCUACUCUCGUCCAAUAAAAGCUAAGUGGAUCCAUAAACCUCUUCUUCAGCAAAUCAGGGUAAUAUCGUUCUUCUAUCUGACAUACUGUAAGUGAUGGCAUAUACGAACCGAAAGAAAAUAUAUUUAUAUUCCAAUUAUUGUCGCCAUUCUUUACUCUGUACAAAAUAUUGUACGUGUGUGUGUGUGUGUGUGUUCUGACUUAUCAAUGUCAAUCAAUAUGGUGCAACGAUCUUGACACAAACUGAAAAAAACGGCCAACAGACUUGUCACAAGAAUUCACGUUCUCAACUCUAAAACACGUUUUUCUCUCACGAAGGAUCAGACUCUUGAUUUCCAGAUGUGAUCCAGCUGUGGUUUGUCAUGUGGUGCUGAUUGUUUCUCUUUAUCAAAGAAAUGAUCCAAGAAUGAAAUUUGGCGUCUGUGUAAAGAUCCAACUCACAUUUUCCAUUUGAUGAUUGUCCGAUAGCUGUCGUCAGAGCAGAUUGACUCUGCUGAUUGAUGGCGUGAUUUCCCUGUUGGACCAAUCAGAAGAAGACUCACACUGAUUUUUACUCAUAACCACAACAGAUUGAUGAUUUCUGUAUUAUUGAUUUGUGUGAUCGUUAUUGUUAAACAUACCAUUAUCUGUUUUGUAAUAGCCAGACUCCUGGAUUUAACAUCACUGCGAUGAAGGAUGUUCAUUCCCUUUGACCAAGACACAAGAUUGUCAAAAUACCCCCCAAAUUAAUACACAAAUGAUCUCCAGUGGAAAUAUUUUGUAAUGAUGAUUUAGAAUUUCAAGAAUUUAAUAAACGAUAAAUAAUGAAUUAAUAUUUAUUUAGAUUCAUAAAUGAAUAAAUGUACUGUCUUCUAUGGAACAUAGUCAAGGAUUUGGUCUCACCGCCCUGCCACAGAAAACAUAUCGGAGCACUUAGCUGCAUAUUGGAGAAAAAUUACAAUUACCCUGAAAAACUUGACGAAAUGAUGAUAUUUACUGCAGCAGCUCUUUCUGCAUAACUGCUCCCAAACUACACUCAAAUUCUGCAUCUGUGAAAUCCGAUAUCCCACAUAUUCUCCUUGUCUCCCGCAAGCCGUGAUUUCAUGUCCCAGAGUCUGGCUUUGAGGGUUUAGAUAUUUUUCUUCCGAAGCAUUUCAACUGUGUUGUAUCUUGUUCAAACCCUUGUUGCUUGUAAAAACACCUCAUCUCCAGAGGCUGUGCGCUGACCAGCCUCUGUAUAAAUUUGAUGCAUACAGAAAUGUAAGAUGCAUUUGGAGUAAUGUCUUUUGCAUGAUGAUGACCUGCAUAGAACUGAGAGAAUCAAGGGAUGUCCGGGGUUCUUGCAGAUCAAGAAAAAACAUGGCCAGUCGGCAAAUACAUCAUAUUCAUUGUCACGAGGUUGUUGCAUGACUUUUUGCGCUCACUGUACUCUCAGUCGAAUGAUUGAUUUCAAACCUGCUGCUAUUGAAUGAGCACAAAGAGAUUUUUGGUUUAGAUUGUCCACACACUCGCCCCUGUUUUUCUUUUUUUUUCCCAUUGAGUUUUCUUCAUGUGAGAGUCAACAGACCAACUGCGUUACUCACCUUGCUCUUGGUUUUUACACGAACAAGAGAAAAAAAAAACAUUUUGAAUAUGAUGCCUGAUGAACCAGGUGCCUUAAUCAAAUAUAUGAGAACACAAAUCGGCACCUGCUGUCGGUCUGGAGGGGGUUUCCCUGCAGAAACCAAGGGGCUGGGUUUCCCAAAACCUAAACUUGAAGAAAAACGAGAACCUCACCAAAUUUGUAUAAUAAUCAGCCUUUAAAUGCAGAUGGAAGCUAUUGUCUGCAUAAAAAAACUACCCUGCUAACAUGUUCCCUUUUUGUAAGCGCAGAAGAGCGUAAAUGACAAUGUGUUGAAGUCAAUUUGUGUCGUCUUGGGAAACCUGGUUCUGUUUUUUAACUCCUUCUCUGCCCACUACGCCACGUUCGUGUGUUUCCUGUAUUGGCUGCUGCUGCUAUCACCGCUGGUGUGUGUCCGUGUAGAGAAGAGCAAACUUCCACUGUGUCUGAGGCAGAGGGAGACUCGGGCCUGACUUUUGAACUUGUCAAUUACAAGGACAAGUUCUUCUUUGGUGUCGAGGCGGAGCACUGUGCUGCUGCCUCUUGAGACCUUCUCGAGGGGGGGGGGGGGGGGGGGAUGAAAUAAACAAAACAAAAAAAAAACACAUGACCGAACUUUCCUUUUCUUAACUUUGCUAUAUUGAAGUGCCAGACCCUCCUUGAAGUCAGUGUUGGCACUGAGUCGCUGAGGAUGCGAAUAAAGCGACAAACUGAGCAUGGAGGUAAACUGUGGUGCUAAUCUGUCAGUGGCUGGGUGCUAAGGCUGUGUUAAAAAGCUGUAUUAGCCAUAUUAUUCCUUCUGUUGUCCACUCUGGUCAGUCUCGUGUUUCUGACUGCUGCACUGCUGUACGCUGACAUAGCGAGGUAUAAUUCUGCUGCUGCUUUGCUGUUGAUGUAGACUAGUCUUCUAGUUGUCGGGAUCCAGAAGGAUCGUGAAUGUUGUAUCCUUAUAUACGGCCGCUGUCCUGCUCGUUCGUCUCAACCUUUUUAUUUUCGAAUUGAGAUUAUGGUUUGAUAUUUUUGCUCUGAGUCUGUCCAAUGUUGCACGUUUGAAUUUGUAUUCCUAAAUUAUAUUCUAUUGCCUUUACCCCUGAUCCCAGUGUUGAUGCCAUUUAUUUGAUAUUUAUUUGUUCAGUCCUGUAAAUUAUAGUGUUAGGACACCGUUUGUUUGAGCAAGACUUUAUAGUUUUUCCACUGAAGUGGGCUUUUCCAUGAGUCAGAGACUUUACAUGAGACCCACAGACUCAUAUCACAGUCACAGUGAAACAUAAUAUGCCAUUUAGUUACCUACAAUUCUGCGAUUUCUAACAAUGCUCAAAGACAGUUUACUGAACAAAAAACAGAGAAGCAAGUCUUCAUUUAAAAUGUUGAAAUUAUAUAUUCAAUAAUAAAAAACACAUUCGAUUAAAAGUUAAAAACAGUUGAGUUUGCAUACAAAACUUAAUGUAAGUCAUCACAUUCAUUUGGAAAAUAACCACACAAUCUGGCCUCAGUUAUUUUCUGACUUCUUCCUUCCUGUCCCUCAGUCUCCUGUUAUUUAAGUUUCCUCUGCGUUUUGCUUUGCCCUGACGCCGGGUAAAGGAAACACACAUUUCUGCAGAUUAACAGUUUCAUUGUGACUGCGAGUAACCGACGUCUGUGAAGCUCAAGAAGCAUUCUGUCAUCUGAGGUUUUGAUGCGAUGAAAGUUUCUGGCCCUGAACCAGGAUCAGCAAACUGAACCUUCGGGUGCUCCGCAGCCUUUGAGCUCAGGUCAGGGGUCGGCUCGACCACUCUCUCUAACCUUGUUGGGGUAAUUUGAGAAAAGAUUUCGAUGGUGUCGUGGGAUCACGUUUUCUGGGGGAAAGUUUACCGCUGCGCCAGAGAUCUUUCGCCCUUUCUGAGUUAUUUUUAUUAGUUUGUUGGUUUCUUCAGAAGGGCUUUGGUCAGCAGUCGUCUCGUCAGGGAGUCCCUGAGAUUAUAGCUGGUGGGCAGAGACCCCUCAACCUCCUCUGCGACGAAUGACGAGGAGAGGUUUGAUUUCCUCUUCUGCAGACUAAUCUUAUUAAAGCAAAACAACAACAACAACCCACUCUCUGUGAUAAAAGAAAACACCAUAUUUCUAUAUUUACACACUCAUCAUCCAACACUGCAAUGAUUUACAUCUCCUUCCGGAAUUUGCCAAACUGCAUGGAGCAAGAGACACUUAUCAAAAGAAGACAUUUGUCCUGAAACAAUUUUCUUUUCUUUUUUUUUUUUUCUUUUUUUUUUUACUUUUGAUAUAAAUGACUGAUAGGAAGACGUUUUUAUAGGAAAUCCGGGCCAGUCCAAACAUGUAGAGGAUGUGGGAGGUAUCUGUCACUCUGAGCUCCACAGCUACAUGCCAUGGUUAUGAUGCUUCUGGUCUUGUGCGGUCACUUGUUUGACUCGAUCACAGCAUGGGAUCUUUCUGUAAUUAGUCCUGUGUGUGUUCCUCUCAGCAGUCUCAGUAGGAGGACUGUACUCCAUUGCUAAGAGCUCUAUAAUAGAUCUCUUGGUGAUUAUAAUUUCAUAACUAAGCAAAACCUGCAGAAAGUGUAUCCUGCUGAAACUAACUUGAUCCUCUCUUUAGCGAUGACGUCUAUAUUUGUAGUUCACAUAUAUGCCUGUUCUAUUACAAUAUCUUGACAGUUGUUAUAUUUAUGUUGUGUAAUAAAUGUCGUGCUGGGUUUAUACUUUUGUUCUUACUAACUUUUUUGGGGAAUUUUGUUUUCUCUGAGGCACAAUGGGUGGCUUUAUGCACAAGCAUGAAAAUGUAUAAGACGUUUCUUUUUAUUUUCUCCAGUCUUUUGGUUUGUACUGUAACGACUCGUUCUAUUUCAGAGCUUCUGACAGGUUUUGUCUCCGGCUGCUCCACAUCCUGCAGACAUCUGCCCUGAAUCUCUGUCGUGUUUAUUGUGCCUCUUUUUUUGUUUUCUUUCGUUCUUUUGAAAUCAUUCUUUCUCUGUUGUAUCGGCCAGGAGUUGGUACCACAACUUUGCUUGUAACCACAAUAGUCUGAUUAUGUUGAUUGAUUUUAAUAUCAAAACAAUAAAAACAUUAGCACCCCA